AUGGAAGGGACAUCCACGGACCCCGAGUUAGAAACGAGGAUUAGGCGAAUAGAAUCUAAAUUAGUUGCUAUCGCGGCAAGGACACAUCUCACUGGCCUCGGAAUUCUAAAUAUCAAUGCCCGGCAGUUUAAUUCACAAGCUCGCGAUCCACAGGACCAGCUACAAGCCCUGCAAGUAGCCGAAUCUAAUGAGUCCGAGGGUCUAUGUUACCGUCGUCCCGAUGGCUUCCCGCGCACCUUGAUAGAGGCAAUUAGUCUGCGGUGGGACGCAAAACGAUUGACCCAGUUACUGGGGUUUUACAACGUAAAGAUAUUCAGGCCGGGAAAACACGUAUAUACUGCCUCUGAAGGCCACGAGGAAGGAGAAGAUUCCCACCAGUAUAUAGACGUGGAUGACGAAGUCCAAGUGGAAGCCCAUUCGAAGGAAUGCUUCACCUACUUUAUUUGCUAUAUCGGAUUGAAGCGAAAAGUAGUAGAAAACUAUCUACCAUCGACCGAGCGGCGACAAACUGAGUAA